UGCAUACUGAGUAUCAGCAUCCAACAUGGUGUAAACAUUGAACGAAGCAACUUCAACAGCACAUCGAUCAUCGCCUCACUUUUGACAGAUACUAGCUAGUAGAUCACCGACAAGGCUAAUACUUUUGGCAUGCAUACUGUUGGCAAGGCGAAGGCAUGCAUACUGUUGGUCUGUCUAUAUAGCACAACCUGAGACAAGCCUUUGCAGCUUCAGAUCAUUGAGUAUCUGAUCAUACCGUAUAAUCCUGAGCUGGAGAAUACCCCUCUGUGUCCACCACGUGUUCAAGGGGAUCCGCCAUCGGCAUUUGGCAGAUCCGAAGACGCAUCUGCUGGUAUACCCAACAAAAGGGAGAGCAAGUUGAUCUUAGCCGGAGAACAGCUCAAAAAUCAAAAUGGAGACGAGACGGAAAAAUUCCAAGAUAUCUUCCUAUCAGAUUUUAUGGAGUUGCUUACUCAUCGGCAUGCUAGAUCGGUUUUGCCUUGGCUGGACGCCACACUCACCACCACCACUGCUGCUGACGAGCUCACGAAAUUGUAGAAGGAACAGCAAUAUAUAUCAUCGAACAUCAGCUUUCGAGAGAUACCUUGGCCUUUUCUCAUCAGUGGAUGACGAUGAAUCUUCAGAUGAUGAUAUACCCCCACCAGAACCACCAGAGGUCACCCGACAACUCCCAGAUCCCACGCCGCCAUGUGUUAUCAAAGUUUUGGGUGUUGGAGGCGGUGGUGGGAAUGCUGUGAAUCGAAUGAUCGAAACUCAAAUUGAAGGUGUAAGCUUCUGGGCGAUCAACACGGAUGCUCAAGCCUUGUCCAAGUCUCGAGCUCCCAACGUUCUCAAUAUCGGUCGAGCCUUGACAAGAGGACUGGGCGCGGGAGGAGACCCAGUUAUUGGAAAGAAAGCGGCACAAGAAAACUUGAAAGAACUGGAGCGCAUUUGCAAGGGAUCAGACAUGGUGUUCAUUACGGCUGGUAUGGGGGGUGGAACGGGGAGUGGUGCAGCACCCAUCCUGGCAGAAGUCGCCAAGGCAAAUAAUGCACUAACGGUUGGGGUGGUUACCAAGCCUUUUGCCUUUGAAGGAAGAAAGAGAAUGGUGCAGGCAGAAGAGGCCAUUGAAGCGUUACGAAAGCAUGUUGAUACUGUGAUUGUAGUGUCUAAUGACAAACUGCUUCGCAUUGUGCCCGACAAUACACCUGUGACUGAUGCCUUUUUGGUAGCUGAUGACAUAUUGCGACAAGGUGUUGUGGGAAUCUCAGAAAUCAUUCUCAAGACUGGAUUGGUCAAUGUGGAUUUUGCCGAUGUGCGUGCCGUGAUGAAAGAUGCAGGAACUGCGUUGAUGGGUGUGGGAACGGGCGUCGGUCGUAACCGUGCAGCAGAUGCUGCCAUUGCAGCAAUCUCCAGUCCACUGCUAGACUUUCCCAUUCAGAAAUCGAAGCGAAUUGUCUUCAAUAUUGUGGGCGGUGCCACCAUGGGACUUCAGGAAAUCAAUGAAGCCAGUGAAGUCAUUUACGAAAACGCUGAUGACAAUGCCAACAUCAUCUUUGGUGCUUUGGUGGAUGAGACCAUGGGAGAGGAGAUCAGUAUCACAGUGUUGGCCUGUGACUUUGAGGAUUUGUCAUUGCCCGAUCAGAGUAAAGCCAUGCAGGUUGGCAAAGACGAAAGCUCCAAGCCAUCUGUGAGCCUGGUUCGAGAUCCCAACUAUUACAGAGAACGGAGGAAAAACACGCAAAGCCCGUUGGGUCCUGAUGCCUCCCUGGAAGAGACUCGUGUUGCUAUGACAAGAGGGUUUAAGAAACCUGGCGAGAGCUCGAUGAAAUCUUCAGAAGAGUACGACAACGAGAAACGACGAAGAUUAUGGGGUUUUCUUCGACGGUUUUCUCGCCGGAAAGACUAGCUAGCUAAAGAAGAAGCGACAGCUGCCCGCAAGGGCUACGACCAAGUUCAAUCUGCGUAAUGUAACAAAGAAUAGUCAUAAAAGCUACACUGUGUACCUCCCUUGCAAGUUACCGUAUUGCUUUGUGCAAGCAAGGUUUUUUGUGUCUGUCUGUCUCACUCCAACCUGAAGAGAAAUCUAAUGGUGCAACGAGUACUAGCUAGCUAGUGUAGAUAACCGUGA